AUGGCCGUUCAAAGCGAGCCACCAGAGCCGGGGACGGAUAACACGGCGUGGUUCGUCGCGUUGCACGAGAACCAAGAGAAGCGGUUCGAGGCCGACGCGCGCGAGGAGGUUAGUAUAGUAGACGAAAAGUUGGAGCCGAACGGGUGGUUGUACCGCGUCGGGUGGACGAGGGAUUUGGAAGGGUUGAACAAGACGCAGUUACAGGAGGCCACGCGACCGAUCGAGGACGGCGAGGAGACGUUACGGUUCGUGUGGGCCGUGUUCAACAGCGUCGCCGACAAGGCACGCGCAACAGCAGCACCGCACAAGGUCGGGCAUGAUGUGUUGUUUGAGGCGGAGCGGAAGGAGAUCAGCCAGAAGCCAGUGCGGCCGUUCGACAACCGCAUGGAGGACGACACGUGGCAGCGGUACAAGGAGGUUUGGCGCAAGAUGGUGAGCAUAUGGUUCCGCAUGGACGAGUGGCCGGACCACGAGCGGCCGCCGUAUCGGUUCACCAUACGUCAGGGGUCGUUGUGGGAUGCGUUCACCAGCCGUGUCGCGGCGGACGUCAGCAGCAGGCAGGCCGCGCAGGCGGAGGAGGUCGAGAGGAUGUGUUUGGACGCCAUCAUCGCCAUCAUCGAGGACCCGUACAAGCAGAGCCAGAAGGAGAGCGCGAUGAUCGGCGC